AUGGAGAAUCAGAAAGCUGUCGGACCGGACGAGGUGCCAAUUGAAGCGUGGAAAGCGCUGGGGCUCGCGAAACUACCGCAGCCUUGGCUGCUUAUGUACGCUGAUGAUAUCGCACUGGUAGAUGGGGACAAAGGACGGCUCACCAUACGCGUGCACGCAUGGAGGGAGGUGCUUGAGAACGGCGGGCUGAAGCUAAACGUGGCGAAGACAGAGUAUAUGACCUGCAACAGCACAGAUCUGACGUCUCUCCGUAUUGCCGACGACACCGUCGAGCGCACGGACAACUUCAGGUACCUCGGAUCUGUGCUCAAUGCGUCCGGGGACAUCGAUCGCGACAUCAAGGCCCGUAUAUCAACGGCCUGGGCGAAAUGGCGCGAGGUGACGGGUGUCAUUUGUGACCCCAAAAUGCCGGUCAUACUGAAGGGACACGUCUAUAAGACCAUCAUAAGGCCUGUCCUUACGUACGGCAGUGAGGUGUGGCCGGUGCUGGAGCUACAACGGCAGUUUUUGAAUGUGAAGGAGAUGAACAUGCUGCGGUGGAUGUGUGGAGUCACGCGUAAAGACCAUGUACGGAAUACAUACAUCCGCGGCAGCCUCUAUGUCCGUGACAUUGCUGACAAGCUGAAGGAAAAUCGCCUCCACUAG